UUAGAGAGAGAGAGACACUACUCCUUGGGAGUCUGAUUAGGGCAAAGAAAGGUCUUGUUCCCUCUUGCUUCUUUCUUCUGCCCUAGUGGCUUUAUCGUAAAUUCUAGCAGAGUCCAGGCUGAACAGCAAGUCAACAACUACAUGUAAUCUUCACGCGACCAGUUUUACAUAAGGAAUUAGCGCCGCCGCCGUUUUUUCUUCCUUCAUCGGAGAGGGAAAAAAAUUCGGUCUUUCUGCAUCAAACCCUAUGAUGCCUAGCACGUCUUUCGAUGAAGUGGCGGAGAGCGACAAGGAGUUGUUUGUGGAAGUUGACCCGACCGGCCGGUACGGCCGUUACAACGAGCUUCUAGGGGCGGGUGCGGUGAAGAGAGUGUACAGAGCGUUUGACCAGGAAGAAGGAAUCGAGGUUGCGUGGAACCAAGUGAAACUACGCAACUUCUCGGACGACGAGGCGAUGAUCAACCGUCUCUACUCGGAGGUUCGAUUGUUGCACGAUUUGAAGAAUAAGAACAUUAUCUCUCUCUACUCCGUCUGGCGGGACGAGAACAAUAACACGUUGAACUUCAUCACCGAGGUUUGCACGUCGGGGAAUCUUAGGGAGUACCGACAGAAGCACAAGCACGUCUCGAUCAACGCGUUGAAGAAGUGGGCCCGACAAAUACUCAAGGGAUUGGAGUAUAUGCAUACUCAUGAGCCCUGCGUUAUUCAUAGGGAUCUCAAUUGUAGCAAUAUCUUCAUCAACGGCAACAUCGGUCAAGUGAAAAUCGGCGAUUUGGGAUUGGCGGCAACGGUGGGGAAAAAUCACGCCGCCCAUUCAUUACUAGGAACACCGGAAUUCAUGGCACCGGAGCUAUACGAGGAGGACUACACGGAGCUGAUAGAUAUAUACUCGUUCGGAAUGUGCUUACUCGAGAUGGUGACUCUCGAGCUACCCUACAGCGAAUGCGAGAACGUGGCCAAAAUUUAUAGAAAGGUGACAUCCGGGCUCAGGCCUCGGGCCAUGAGCAAGGUUAAGGACCCGGAGGUGCUUGCGUUCAUCGAAAAGUGUCUGGCCCAGCCGAGGGCAAGACCGUCCGCAGCAGAAUUACUGAAUGAUCCGUUCUUUCACGGGAUUCGAGAUGUCGACGAAGAAGAAGAAGAUGAUGACGAAAAUCUUGGUAGAUUAUAGUGGUGGUGUUGUUUUUUUUACCACUGAGAGUAUUUAAUUGAAAGGGGUUUGCAUUGAGUUGUGAUUUUGUUUGAUUUCUUGCCACCUCACACGUGUAAAGAAAUGGGGGUUUUGUAAAUACAGUUUUGGAUUAAUUGUUCAUAAUAGAGCAGCUAUUGUUUGUUUGUAUUA